AUGUAUUCAAUAAACUUACAGGCACUCCUGUCUUUCCUCCUUCUUGUGCUUCCUGUCCUCUCAUAUGGCAGGAAUCCUCCAGGCAACAAUGCCAUCCUUCUCUCUAAUGUGCAGACGUUGACUCUGCGCGGGAAUCGCCUCACAACCUCUCGUCGUGUGGAUCCCAUUCCCCAGUUAAAAUGCACCGGGCCAUCUAAGAGGAUAUGUGACCUAUAUCCCAUUGAUGUAAUGCGGUGCACCAACGCAGGCUACGACUAUGAUGAAGAAGACGUCCAGUGGACCUGUACCGCAUCACUCCCCCAAGAGUUCAAGCUUGGCUCAACAGAUGUUGUCUGCGAGGGAUACCGAAAUGCAGAUGACAAGUGGGUACUGAAAGGCAGCUGUGGUGUAGAGUACCGACUCUUGUUGACGGAACUUGGGGAACGGAAAUUUGGACGUCGAUAUGUGGAGCAUGUUGCGGUUCGCGAGGAAACCGAAGAGGCCGUUCUCCUGGUCGUGGGUUUGGUGGUGGUGGAGGAGGAGGAGGAGGAGGUGGAGGUCCAUAUCCUGGGCCUCCACCACCAUAUAGCAGCUGCCCGGAUAGUAGUUCUUUCGCGUCGGCGCCUGCUGGACAGGGCUGGAGGCCCGGCUUCUGGACAGGUGCCCUGGGUGGUGCUGCGGCUGGCUAUCAAUAUGGAAGCAGAAAUCGCCGCGAAUAUCCUUCUGCUAGCCGACGAACGACCUCCUUCGGCAGAUGGAAUGAUGCAAAUGAUCCUGGCGAAGGCAGCUCGCGGUCUCGUUCUCCUCGGUUCUCGACUCCGACUACAAGUACAGGGUUUGGUUCCACAAGGCGUCGGUGAUAUGGGACAAGAUGUAUCUUAG